GGCACGCCACACACGCAUCGUUGGCUGUGAGUUGAGAGAGGGCAGGAAGUGAAGAGGAGACAUGGCGAAACCACUGGGACCAACAGGGGAGUUCUUCCGGAGGAGAGACGAGUGGAGGAAGCAUCCGAUGCUGGGAAAUCAGCUGCGACAUGCGACUCCUGGCCUCGGAAUCGCCCUCGUCGCCUUCGGCAUCUAUCUCGUCGGCGAGCAAGUCUACAACAAGUUCUAUGCACCCUCUCAUCACCAUUCCUCUGCACCUUCGCACUCUCAAUCUCACUGAUACCGUGUAAUUCUUCUCAAUUUGA